AAUGCUCGUCGAUUUUAUUUCAACAUGUGGAUAUUUCAGACUUGAGUAACAGGAAGCGGCAAUUUUGUGAAUAACAGGAAGGGGCAAUUUUGUUUCGUAACAAUUGUUGUUCCUGAUUAGAUAGGUGAUGCUGAGAAGAAAGAUAAUGUAACGCUGUUCUGUGUGGUAUUGUAGUGCCGUUGUAUAGUGGUGUCGAAGAUGUCUUGUGGAGAUUCACCUGGCGAUGAACAGCGAUGGGUUAUACAAAAUAUGAACAGAACACAUUCAGCAUUUGAUAAUGAUGGCGAGAAGACUUGGAAAGGACCAUACUAUUUCAUUCAGACUGCUGAUAUUCAGUUUGGGCUGAUUGACCGUUACAUUUUGAAACUAACAAAUCCAGGUUGGGAGAAAGAAAUUGAAUUAGCUGAAAAAUCAGUAGAAAAAAUCAAUAGUCUGACACCUAAGCCAAAAUUUGUUGUUAUGUGUGGAGAUUUGUGUGAUGCUGUGCCAGGUGGUGAUCCUGAUGUAUACAAAAGGCAAAUUGCAACCUUCAAAAGAAUAUUCAGCAAGCUGAACCCUGAAAUACCUAUGGUUUGUGUUUGUGGGAAUCAUGAUGUUGGUGACCAUCCUACUAAAGAAACAAUGAAAAUGUUCCACUCAAACUGGGGCGAUGAUUACUUCUCCUUCUGGUGUGCUGGUAUCCUGUACAUUUCCUUGAACAGCCAGUAUUACUAUGAUCCUUCUGGUGUCCCUGAAGAAGCCAAGGCACAAGAAGUGUGGCUUGACAAAGUUUUAUCUGGUGUGAAGCCAGGCAGAGCCGUUGUCUUCAUGCACAUUCCACCAUUUAUAAACAGUCCUGAUGAAACAGACAUUGGGUACUUCUCACUUGCACCAGAACCACGCAAGAAGCUUCUGGAUAAACUUAUGUCUGCAGGUGUUAAGAAGGUGUUCUGUGGUCAUUUACAUCGCAAUGCUGGAGGAUUCUACAAGGAUAUGGAAAUAAUUGUAACUUCUGCAAUGGGAGGACAACUGGGUACUGAUUUACCUGGAUUCAGAGUUGUUAAUGUCAAAAAUGAUGCUAUCACCCAUACUUAUUUUGAUCUUGAUAAUGUUCCAAAAGAAGUCACAGUGUAGCACAGUGUCAGUCUUAAUGAUAAGCUGUGUGAAGAGUUUGGAUGAGACACACAUUGCAGUGCAUUUUGUGGCAACCUUUCUCCAAAGGCUUUGUCAAUAUAUGUUGGAACAUUUGCUUCUUUCUUUCUUUAAAUAAGGUGAAUUAUUUUGAUGUUGACAAAUGUAAUCCUUGUAUGUCACUAUAAAAAAGAAAAAAGUAAAGAUUAUAGGGGGGAAAAGUAAAACAUAUACAUUAGAGAAAAAUUUAAAUUUUUUACGAAAAAGCAAAGUUUAAACAUAAUGUUAAUGUAAACAUUCUGUGAUUUACUAUUCUAUGCACAACUUUUAACUUCUUAAUAAGUUCAUACAAACUGUUAUCAAGGUAGUCUUAGUUUUAUGUGAUAUCAUUUCAUUCAUGUAAAGCUUCACUAGUGAACACCACAGUGUUAUUGAUCAGCAAAAUACCUUACUUUCAUCCUUUACACUUAUGAUCUAGAUCUUCAAGCAAAUUAUAUCUUACAUUUUAUUUUGAUAACAUUAUGAAUUAAAGUAUGUGUUGCAAUGGGAAGUGAUGUAAAUGCAUUUUACAAAGGAAGUAAUCACUGACCAUGAAACCAUGUGUUUUAUCAUGCAUUAUAAUGCCAUUACAUACAGAUCCUGUAGGCAAAAAAUAAAAAGUACUAUUUUAUUUGUUAA